AAAUCAGUCUCGACGUCCACUCCGCGCGGUCCGCCCGUCAUUCCCGCGAAACUAACAUUUAAUUAUACAAUAUUUAAAUAAUUACACUAAUCGAACCCUAAAUCCCAUGUGAUACGAAAAACGCGCCAUUUUGUUUUUUACUUUUAAAUUUAUUUUCUUUUUUGCGCGCGGGAAUUGAUGACACGCGAUUUGAUUCCGUUCGAAAUUCAAAUGUGUUUCGGAACAGUGUGAAUAUUCCUGUGGUGCAAUUUGAAGGAUAAACCAAGGAUUCUUAUUUGAAAGAAUUGGCAACGCAUCACGGGCCGAGACAACGAGAAUCGAACGACACCGCGAUCCGUACUGUGUACGAGGCCAUAGAUCGCGGACGAUCGGGACGACUCGAGUAGACAAACGAGAACGGUGACGUCACAAGAUGGCGUCCACCGACACAUCGACCUCCAGCACCCUCACCGCCGCCGCUCCCGAGGAGCACAAGCGAACCGUCGACGACGCAUUCCUCAAUAAACUCAAAGGCCUCGUCGAAAGGUUGCGCCUAGACAACGCUACCUUGAAGAAGGCGCUCGACGUCGAGCGGAGCGAAGUCCGAGCACUGAAAGCCCAACAAGAAGGCUUCAUCAGAAACUUGAAGACUGAACACAAGAAAAGGGAAGAGUUCUUAGAAAAACAGCUCAGAACAACCACUAAAGCCGAAAAAGCUGAAGAACAACCUGGACACAAACUCAUUGAACUAAAAAGGUUUACGACAGAAAUUCAGUCUUUAAAAGCGGCUAAUAAGGGUCUUCAAGAAAAACUCAAGGUAGCGCAGGCGGCGGAGUGCGCACGCGCGGCCGAGCUCCGUGCGCAGGUGGCGAAGCAUGCGGCGCUGGAGACGGCCGCGCGGAGAGAUGCGCGCGCGCAGGCACACAAGCUGCUGGAGGAAAUUAAAUCGAAGGAGCGGGUGAUAAUACAGUUAAGGCGAGAAGUGGCGAAAAAUGCCUCUCAACGUAAUGAUCAGUCGCAAAGAAUGGAGUGCGGAGCUACAGAGCUUAGCAGGAAACUGCGAAUUGAUCAGGGAAAAGAGAAGAGCAAUCGCGAAGAUCUGAAAACUGACAUACAACACAGAAAGGAAACUUUCUACAGGGAGGCGCCUUCAGACGAGGACUCGGCCGUGUCGUCAGCCCCCGCCUCACUCUCGCCGCAGCCCCUCAACGAUAUGUGGUCAUGCGGGCAAUGCCGGUCGGCGUCAGAGCGCGCGGCGGCAGCGGCGCGCGAGUGCACGCGACUCGCGGACGCGCUGCGCGACGCACGCGACCAACUAGAGCUCAUGGAGUUCCGAUUGCUCGAGCUGGAAGACGCACAUCCCGAUAAGGGUGCUAGGGACAACCUAACUGACUCGGACUCGGGCUGCGUGUCCCCAGGCUCCCGUAUUAAGGACUCGGCGUCUCCAGAGCUCAAACGAAUGGAUUCCGGGUACAAAUCGCCGCACCCCGGCAGCCCGUGCAAUCCGCGGCGCACGCUAGGCACUCCCCACGAUGACUUCAAAGACGACUUCAACAAGGCACAGGUCCUCGCCGAUAUACUGGAUAGAAAUUCUGAGUCCAGCGAUUCGUUAAGGAGUAAUCCAGUGAAGGAGCAUCUCGAACAGAUGAUCCUGAAUGCGGCGUCCGCUGAAGACAGGAGCUGCUUGGAGCAGGUCCUCAUGUUGCUGUACAAUCUCCAAGCUUUAAGCAGCUCCGUCAGCGAAGAUGAAUGUUAUCAGACAAAACCGAAGAAAAUAUGUGAUCUGAAACAAAAACUAGAAACUGACAUUCCAUCGCACAAAACUCAUAAGGCAAUAGCAACGGUCACACCGUACCAACAGAAAGGAUACAAAUGUGAAUCACUCGAGAGUCUUUGUAGCGACGAGAGGAAACCGGGCAGCGUUCUUCAGGAGAGCGGCAUCUUCGAAGGUGUCGAGACAGAGUGCAAGAGUACACAGACAGAUGUCAACGAAACUUUCGAAUGCACGGAACUGAACACUGAAAUACAACGACUGAAUAGUAUUAGGGAGAAGCUUGAGAGGCAAGGUGUUAGGAAUAGAUCGUUAAGCAGUAAGGAAGAGGGUGAUGGCCUUGAGUGCAGGUGCGUGAAAUUGGGGAAGAAGCAUAAGCAGUAUUACGAGAGGAGACUCAAGUUCUUGGAGGGGAAGAUCUCGAUAUACGAAGCGGCGCAAGACGUGAAAGAGGCUAAGCUUGCAGAGAGGUUGCAGAAAGAGUUUCAGCUAGAGACUAGGGUACAGGAGCUCGAAGCCCAACUUACAGAACUCCAUGAGAAAUACGAGCGGCUAGAAGAGGAUUGUUGUGAGUUAGAGGAAAUCGAAAAUGAUACUCGAUUGCAUUGGCAACAGCUUGAGAUAGACUAUGAGCUCUGCGCAGCGCAACUGAGAGACAUGACGGAGCAACGGGAGUGUUCGCGGGCGCAGGCCGAACGCUUGAUGGCCGAGAUCAACAAGCGAGAAUGCGCUUUAAAGACAAGAGAGGCCGAACUAAUGACGAGAUUGGACAAACUGGAGAGGGCAGUUCCUGCCAUCAUCGCGUUUAAUGUCUUCAAAGUCAUUGGGGCAGACCUUUCGCCCGGUGGACUGAAAGCCUUAACGUCUCGUAUCGGUCCGAUGAGCAGCGACACCAAGACCAUAAUCGCCGAGAUGAAGAUGACCAGAGCCAGGGAAGCUAAGUGCUCCACGGUGAACAUUGACAGCGUGCUCGGAGGAGCGUGCACGCCUGGUUUGAGGAAGCUUGAGGAGCAGAUCCAUAAGCUGAUAGCAGAGAAGAGAGAAGUAGACAACAAAACGCAUCAGUUGAAGAGUACUCUAGAAGCAAGGAUCAAGCAAUUGGAAUCUGAACUAGAAACAGCAAGAAGACAAGUGACUACUGCCGUGUGCUGCUCUGAAGCAAAGAAGGAAAGACUAGACGACCAGAUCAACAAGCUAGAGAAGAAGAUAAAUAAGGAGAAAGAAGAUGAUAAGAAACCCGCAGACGUUUUCACAGCUUCGAAGCUGCAGACGUUGAUCAACUCGGAACAGAAGUUGCUGGCGCGAAUCGCAGACCUGGAGCGAAGAGAGGCGGCAUAUCUGGAGAUGUUGACUCAAGCGGAUGAUAUGUGGGCGGAGAUGGAAGGAGGGUACAAGAAGAAGAUUGAGGAUGCACAGAACACUGAAAACCAGCUGAAGGGAAAGAUAAAAACUUUAGAAUGCGAGAAGAGCAGAAACUAUAAGGACAUCAUCGAGCCGCUGAAGAAAAAACUUAAGGAACUAGAAGAAACAGAGUCCGUAUCUCGCAUAGCCCUUGAGAAGUUUGAAAGAGACACCGUAUCGUUGAUGAAGGAAAACCAGAACCUCAGCCAAAAGUAUCAAAAAGCAAGCUCCGAAGUUCAGAGGACAGAGAACGAAUUAAAGGUGCUUGAUUCUAAGUUUAAGAGUGAGCUAGAAAAGUUGCAUAAACUCAAUAAGCAACUUGUUGAUGAGGUGUCAAAUACACGGGCGGAGAAUAAGAAUAUGGAUAGUAGGUACACGAAUGAGGUGGAUAACCUCAAGAAGGAGCUAAUGAGAGUGGCCAAGUACAACCAAGACUUGGAUGUGACCAACGCAGAGCUUAGAGAAGAGGUUGAAUCUCUGGAAAAGCAGCUAUCUAUAACACAAAAGGCUUUGAACCAAUGCAAGCGAAAAUGCGAUGAGAAGAUCAAGACUCUUAGUCAUGAACUGUCAAUAAAAACUGAGGAGUUGGAAGAGUUGAGAAGUGAAACUAUGAGACAGACGUACCACGCGUCUAGAGUAGAGCUGAAGCCAGACAGGACAGAGUAUGUAGACGAGGGUUAUUCAAUAUACACUGCAGUACCAAAGAAGACAGAUUACGGAAGGAUGCACCAUAGCAUGAGCUAUAUAACAUCGGAGUCUGGAUGCUCGUGUCCGUCGAUGAGAAGCCAGCUGGUUAGUCAGUUGAUCGAGGACCUGUUCGACAGGAUCCACAACACGGUCGACGAUGACUUGACGCGGUUGUGUAGAGAGAUCACUCCUGUGAAGGGGAAGGAAGCUAGUGCUGAAACCAAAGCGAAAAUCACGAAUUACCUCCUGAUGGCAAUAUCGAAGGAGCUUGUCAGAUCCAUAGGCGAUGCUGAUGCUAAGACUGAUACAGAGGAAUGGCAACGCGCAGUUUCGUCAAUGACGUAUUCAGUGCCGAACUACGCGAGCGACGCGCGCGGCGAGUUUGCGUCGCUGCGAUUGGCUGGCAAUGCCGGCGUGUUGCACGGCGCCACGCGAUUGGCUAGCGUGAGCUGCGCCUGCGCGGCCGCACGGCUCUGCGCCGCUGUCCCUGAGCUUGCGGAUAGCGUCAAGAGUUGUCAGGAGGAAGUAUUGGACCAUGGCGACGUGAAGAUUAUGGAGGAGCAGUUGGCGAACGCCAUUGAAAGUAUUGUUAAUUGUCCAUCUUGUGCGUUGGGCACAAAUGCGAUAGUUUGGAGCACGGACGUCUAAAGCCGUUAAUCGUGCGAUCUUUAUGUGUAAAACCUCCACCGACCUCACUCUGGUGCCUUCAUUAGUUAAGCCAGUAAUUAACGAUUGUAUAUAAUCUGUAUAUUUCAUAAUACUCUAGAAUUCGAACCUAACAUAAGCGAACAUUAUCGAACAAGUCGUAUCAUUUCGAAUAAGACAUCGACAUUUUUGUUUAUCGUUUCCGUGCCAAUCGUAUUUAGUUUUGUGUAAAUAGUUGUUUAACAUUGUUUAAGCUUAACAUUUCGAUUACGAGUAUUAAUUUCUCUCGAUUAAUUUUAUCGAUUUUCAUUGACGAAUUUCUUCCUUGCUAAUAAAAUGGCAAACGAUGUCUAUGACGAAUCAAUGUAAUUUGUACCUAACAAAGUUCUCAAAUUAGCGAUUUUAUCUUUGUCUAUUAUUUGAUUAGAAAUGUUUUUAUUUACGAAAAGUGAAUUUCAUUGAUGAUUAAAAAUAUAAUUUAAA